AAAAAGUUGAGAAAAAAAUAAUUUCAGUAACACAAAAUUUGUAUUUAAUUAAAUUUAAUGGUUUUAAGGACGAAUUAGGCUAUUAUGGAUCUUUUAAACGAUUCAGAUUAAUUCAUCAAUAAUUUACCUAUAUAAAAUCAUAUAAAAAAAAUAAAUCAAGCUGUAUAAAAUGGAUGGCCUAACGAUAAACAAUUUUUUCGAUUCUGACGGUGGUUUUGAUUCGGGAAAUGGAGCCAAUGAGUUUGUGGAUCUUGAAUUCAACUAUGCUGACUCUGAUACUCAUCUUAAUGAGAUUGCCGAGCUUUAUAGCUAUACAGAACAUAAUGAAUUCCAGCUUAAUGUUAAGGCAUUUGAAGAUCAAAUGGAAAUGUACAAGUUAAAGCCAUUAUGGCAACAACUGGAUAAAGAUCAACAUCAAAGUAUCAUUUUAAAGCUCAUAGAUCAAUUGGAAGUGCUUGAUAAUACGAUGAGAAUGAAGGCAGCACGUACAUUGUUGUAUUUAGCACAAGGAUGUUGGGUGGAAGUGCAAUCUGACGAUGAACAACAAAGUUUGAGUCGAUAUAAUGUCAUGAUGCUCUAUAGAUUGGGCGUUUUUCAAGCAUUUGUGGAACUUUUGAAUCUCGAAAUUGAAAAUGCAGCUACAGCUAAUGUUGCAAUAAGAAAGAUUGCCGUCUCAUUAGCUGAUUCGGUAGAUUUACGUGUCAUAUUAUCAGUUCUUUACAUAAUUACUGAAGUUAUGCGUGCAGAAUCGGAGAGAACUGACAGUGAACAUUUAGAUCUUGUUGAUGCAUUCGUACAAGAAAUUAGUCAGCCUUUGGGCGAUGAAUUAUUGGCAGUUAAAUUGCUUGGAAUGAUUACGAGAUUUUGUAGUGGAUCUGCUCCACAUUUUCCGAUGAAAAAAGUUUUACUUUUGUUGUGGAAAGUCUCACUAGUCAGCUUAGGCGGAACUGAAACACUUAAGAAACUUAAAAAUGAAUAUCGUGAGAAAGAGGGACUGCCAGUGAUAACAGAAGAUACACUCGAAGUAUCUAGAACCAUGAGGGCUAGUUCACCACCACCAACAGCAGGAAAUGAUGAUAACAUGGCAAAACGUUCUCGACCAUUUCGACGAGUACGUAAUAUUGUGAUUUCUGAGAGUUUAAUGAAACAAAGCUCGUUGGAUGAGCAGGAACAACUUGGAAUGGAAAUGGAAGCACAAAAUGCUGAAAAUGAAGAUUAUAUUCCUGACUAUUACAGACAAUUUGAUGAUCCUAUGAAUGGAGAUAAGAAUGGCAUGAUGCACAAUGAGUGUGAAUUGAAUAAACAGCCAUCGAUAUCAGCAGCUACGACUCAACAUCCAACAUUGCCGUGGGAACCAAAAGUUCGUCAAAAGGAUAUCUAUCAGUUUAUGGAUAUAUCAAGGAGGAAGUUCAUUGGUUAUACUUUGCCAGAUAAUUGCGAGACAACUGCUGGACUUCCCAAUCCAAUUUGUGAGGGAAUCAACAUAUUGAAGCGACAUCUUUAUGUGAGUUUAGCGGAUAUCCAAGUGAAACGUGAGGAAGAGAUUGCACGAAAUCCAUUGACAAAGGGAGAAGAGGAAGUUCCAAUUAAUCCAACGGAAGUUCUUUAUCAAGCCAUUCUUCCAAAUUUACCACAAUACAUGAUCUCUUUAUUAAAGAUUUUACUUGCCGCAGCACCAACAUCAAAAGCCAAAACUGAAAGUAUCAAUAUUAUGGCUGAUGUACUUCCAGAGGACAUGCCAAUGACAGUUACUCAAUCGACAAAGUUGGGAAUAGAUGUUAAUCGUCAUAAAGAGAUUAUUGUAAAAGCAGUUUCAGCUAUUUUGUUGCUUUACUUGAAACAUUUUAAGAUUAAUCAUGUCUAUCAAUUUGAAUUCAUGUCACAACAUCUCGUAUUUGCAAAUUGCAUUCCUUUAGUGCUGAAAUUCUUUAAUCAGAGCAUCAUGACUUAUGUUGGAUCUAAGAAUAUUAUUCCAAUUAUGGAUUUCCCAUCAUGUGUUAUUGGUGAGCAGCCUGAAUUGACAUCUGACUUGGUUAUUGGCGAUUCUGAGCCAUAUUCAUGGAGAAAUAUUUUUUCAUGCAUUAAUUUAUUGAGAAUAUUAAAUAAGUUGACAAAAUGGAAGAAUUCAAGGAUUAUGAUGCUUGUUGUCUUUAAAUCAGCACCAAUUUUGAAGAGAACAUUAAAAGUACGUCAUGCAAUGAUGCAACUAUAUGUCCUUAAAUUACUGAAAAUGCAGACCAAGUAUCUUGGAAGGCAAUGGCGUAAAACCAACAUGAAAAUUAUUAGCGCAAUUUAUCAAAAAGUUCGUCAUCAUUUAAACUCAGAUUGGGCAUUUGGAAAUGAUUUAGACGCAAGACCAUGGGAUUUUCAGGCUGAGGAAUGUACACUCAGAACAUGCGUUGAUCGAUUUAAUAAUCGGAGAUAUUUCUCGCAGAUAUCCAAUGCUGUACGCUUUCCAGACCAAAGUAAUGUUGGUGGAAAUCAAAAUCUUGGAUUAAAUGCUAAUAAUUGUGACAAUUCGAUAUUUAAUGGUAUUGAGAAUGAAUUAAACAUUAAUAAUCUCUUAAAUAGUGAGAAUUUAUUGGAAGUAGAUGACCAUUUUGAAUUAACAAAAGAAUUUAAGAAUAAUUAUGAAGCCUGGUUAAAAGAGGAAGUUUUUUGUGCAAAUCCAAUAGAUUGGAACGAAGUUUUAAAUGAACCAAAUUUGGUUCUUAUCAAUGAAAUCAAAAAUGCGAUCCGAUACUCAACAUAUUUCAUGAAAUCAGGAUAAACUAAUAUGUGACAUGCAUGAAUUAAUAAAAGUAUAAUAAUAAUUGUAAUUAAAUGGAAUUUAUUUGUGUUUUAAUU